AUGGCAGGCUUUCGAUUAAUUGAUGUGGUUAAGCCCUUCCUACCCAUUCUACCUGAGGUUGAAGCACCCUUUGAAAAGGUUUCGUUUGAUGACAAACUUGUUUACACCAUCAUAUCAGCGUUAAUCUACAUUUUCAGUCAAUUUCCGUUGGCAGGUGUCUCAAAAGAAGAGACGGUGGUUAAAGAUCCUAUUUAUUUCUUGCGUGGAGUAUUUGGGGCGGAACCAAAGACGCUCUUGGAGUUUGGUAUCUUCCCUGUUUUUUCAAGUGGUUUGAUUCUACAACUAUUGGCAGGAUUGAAAUUGAUCAAGGUUAACUUCAAAGUUCAACAAGAUAGAGAAUUGUUUCAGACAUUGACAAAAUUGGUGGCACUGCUGCAAUAUUUCAUUCUUGCCAACAUCUUCAUUUUUUCCGGCUACUAUGGUGAAGAUCUAAGCAUUGUUCAAAUCGGGCUAUUGAAUCUUCAAUUGGUAGGAGCAGGUUUUGUUGUCAUUUUGAUGUCUGAGGUCAUUGACAAAGGCUUUGGUUUUGCUUCUGGUUGUAUGACAAUAAACACUGUCGUUAUUGCAACAAAUUUGGUUGCCGAUACUUUUGGAUUCUCACAAAUUGCUGUUGGCAGUGAUGGUAAUAAGGAAGCUCAGGGUUCUAUCAUCAACUUACUACAGGGUUUGAGAAGUAAGCAUAAGACUUUCUUCGGGGGUUUACUUUCUGCCUUUAAUAGAGAUUACUUGCCAAAUCUCAAUACUACUUUGAUCGUCCUGGCUAUUGGUGCAUCUGUUUGUUACUUACAAAGUUUCCGUUUGGAAUUACCUAUUAGAUCAACUAAGGCUCGCGGUGUGAGUAAUGUUUAUCCUAUUCGCCUAUUGCAUGUUGGUGGUUUAUCUGUUGCAUUUUCUUAUAUUCUCUUAUUCACAAUUCAUAUCGCAGCAUUUGUUGUUAUCCAACUAAUCGGCAAAAAUGAUCCAUCCAGUAUUGUUUGCAAAAUUUUUGGUCAUUAUGAAAGUGUCAGCAACUUAUUUUACACACCCACCUUUCCACUAUCCUUAUUGACACCUCCAAAAUCUCUUUUUAGUGGUCUCCUUCAACAACCAUUGACCUUUUUUGUUUAUACGGCAUUCAUGCUAGUUACCGGUAUAUGGUUUGCAGACGUAUGGCAAGGAAUGUCUGGUUCUUCAGCCCGUGAUCUUGCUCUUCAAUUCAAAGAGCAAGAUAUUACGCUAACUGGUCGUAGAGAGCAAGGGGUUGCAAAAGAGUUAGAGAAAGUUAUUCCAGUUGCUUCAACAACUGGUGCAGCUCUUUUAGCAAUUCUCGCAAUAGUUGGAGAAUUUCUAGGAUUAAAAGGUAAAGGCGCCGGUAUGGUUGUAGGUGUAGCUACCGGAUUCUCCUUACUAGAAUUGAUCUCAAUAGAUUAUCAGCAGAGUGGUGGCCAAAGUGCCUUGGCUCAAGUACUAGGUGCUCCAGGACGUUUUUAA